GUGGCUGGAGCUUGAGUCCAUGCCUGGGACAAAACGAUUUCAACAUGUGAUUGAGACCCCUGAGCCAGGCAAAUGGGAGUUGUCUGGGUAUGAAGCAUCCUUGCCAAUCACAGAAAAGUCGCAUCCUCUAACCCAGGAUUUAGAUAAGGCAAAUGCUGAACAAAUUGUACAGCUCCUGGGGCAGUGUGAUGCUGAGAUCUUCCAGGAGGAAGGACAAAUAGUGCCUGUCUACCAGCGGCUCUACAGUGAAUCGAUCUUAACCACCAUGGUCCAUGUGGCUGGAAAAGUUCAGGAAGUACUAAAGGAUCCUGAAGGGGGGCUUGUUGUUCUGAGUGGAGGGGAAACUUCAGGCCGGAUGGCGUUUCUUAUGUCGGUUUCCUUUAACCAGCUAAUGAAAGGCUUGGGACAGAAACCUCUUUAUACCUACCUCAUUGCAGGGGGUGACAGGUCUGUGGUGGCCUCUAGGGAGGGAACUGAAGAUAGUGCCUUGCAUGGGACUGAGGAACUGAAGAAGGUUGCUGCAGGAAAGAAACGAGUGAUUGUCAUUGGCAUUUCUGUUGGACUCUCUGCUCCUUUUGUGGCUGGUCAGAUGGAUUUCUGUAUGAAUAACCCAGACAUCUUCUUGCCUAUUCUGGUAGGGUUCAAUCCAGUGAACAUGGCUAGAAAUGAUCCCAUUGAGGACUGGAAUUCCACAUUCCUUGAAAUUGCACAACGGAUGCAGAAGCUGCAAGAGAAACAGGAAGCAUUUGUGCUCAACCCUGUAAUCGGGCCUGAAGGGCUCAGUGGUUCCUCCAGAAUGAAGGGUGGAAGUGCCACGAAGAUCCUGCUGGAAACUCUUCUGCUGGCAGCACACAAGACUGUGGACAGAGGCAUUGCAGCCUCUCAGAGCUGUCUCCUGGAGAUCUUGAGAACAUUUGAACGAGCACACAAAGUCACCUACAGCCAAAGCCCCAAGAUUGCAGCGCUGAUGAAGCAGGCAAGCACCAGUCUGCAGAAGAAUGGCCGAGUGUACCUGGUUGGUUGGCAGACUCUAGGUAUUAUUGCCUUCAUGGAUGGAGUGGAGUGUAUACACACCUUUGGUGCAGAUUUCCGAGAUGUUCGAGGCUUCCUAAUUGGUGAUCAUAGUGACAUGUUUAAUCAGAAGGAAGAAAUUGUUGCCCAGGGUCCACAGUUUUCCUUCUCCCAAGAAGAUUUCCUCACUUUUAUCCUGCCAUCCCUCACUGAAAUUGACACUGUGCUCUUCAUCUUCACCCUGGAUGACAACCUCACAGAAGUGGAAACAUUGGUGGAGCAGGUAGAGAGGAAGACUCCUAAUAUCCAAGCCCUGGCUCACAGCACAGUGGGGCAGAACUUACCGUCCCCACUGAAGAAGCUCUUUCCAUCCAUCAUCAGCAUCACCUGGCCCCUGCUUUUCUUUGAAUAUGAAGGGAACUUCAUCCAGAAGUUCCAACGUGAAUUGAGCACCAAGUGGGUGCUGAACACAGUGAGUACUGGGGCCCAUGUUCUUCGUGGGAAGAUCUUGCAUAACCAUAUGUUGGACCUAAGAUUGGGCAACUCCAAGCUCUUCUGGAGGGGCUUGGCCAUGCUGCAGCGGUUUUCAGGACAGGCCAAGGCUCAAUGCAUUGAGAGUCUACUCAAGGCCAUCCAUUUCCCUCAAGAAGUGUCGGAGGAGAUCCAGGCAGCACCUAUUUCCCACCACAUUCAGAUUGCGAAAGAAAAGGAACAGGUGAUCCCCAUCGCACUACUGACCCUCCUUUUUCGAUGUUCCAUUCCUGAGGCUGAGGCCCGGCUUGCUGCUGCCCCCUCUGUCUGUGAGGUCAUUAGGAAUGCCCUUCUCCGGGUUGGUCGGAAGCGCAGUGCUGACUCAAUUGAUACCCUCAAGUCUACCGUUGGCUAGUUCAGCAGAUGAGAAGGGAACCUAGUUUACUGAGUGGGGGAAUAUCACACAAGGAGUGGGAAAGAGAGCAAAAUACCUUAAAGCUUGAAGUGACAGAGCCCCUGGAAGGAGGUACUUCUAGGAGGUGUGUCCCACCCCAGAUUUGGGAGAAAUGUCUCUUCUGUUACUCCCCUUGGUUCCCUUCUCUGAAAAAUGUGGCAAUUGGGCUAGAAUCUAGCUCAAUCAUCUAGCCAUUAGGUGAUCUCUGAUAUCUAUGUUCUAGCUCUCCAAUUCUGUGAUGUUGUGACUAGGAAAUUCCUGAUCACAUAAUACGUAUGUCUGAUCUUUGCAGUCUGUUCUUAUUUCAGAAAUGAAACUCUUCUGCUUUUUGUCUCAUAAA